GUGACGUGCGUGGCGCGCUGGCCUGGAAACCGUGGAGCUAAGAGGUGUGCUGGAGGGUUAAGCAGUGAGAGACUUCGGCGGCCAUGGCUCCCAACGUGACCGCCUCCGAACCGGCCCAAGAGGGUCCUAAAGGCAUCCGGGCCGUGCUGCUGGGGCCGCCCGGGGCCGGCAAAGGUACUCAGGCACCCAGAUUGGCUGAAAACUUCUGCGUCUGCCAUUUGGCCACUGGGGAUAUGUUGAGGGCCAUGGUGGCUUCUGGCUCAGAGCUGGGAAAAAAGCUGAAGGCAACUAUGGAUGCUGGGAAACUGGUGAGUGAUGAGAUGGUCGUGGAGCUCAUUGAGAAGAAUUUGGAGACCCCUCCAUGCAAAAAUGGUUUUCUCCUUGAUGGCUUCCCUCGGACUGUGAGGCAGGCGGAAAUGCUUGAUGACCUCAUGGAGAAGAGGAAAGAGAAGCUCGAUUCUGUGAUUGAAUUCAGCAUCCCAGACUCUCUGCUGAUCCGGAGAAUCACAGGAAGACUGAUUCACCCCAAGAGUGGCCGUUCCUACCAUGAGGAGUUCAACCCCCCGAAGGAGCCCAUGAAAGAUGACAUCACUGGGGAACCCUUGAUCCGCCGAUCAGAUGAUAAUGAGAAGGCCUUGAAAAUCCGCCUGGAGGCCUACCACACUCAGACUACCCCGCUGGUGGAAUACUACAGCAAACGGGGCAUCCACUCUGCCAUCGACGCAUCCCAGACCCCUGAUGUCGUGUUUGCAAGCAUCCUAGCAGCCUUCUCCAAAGCCACAUCCUAGUAACAGAAGGCCAGGCGAGACUGCACCACUGCUCAUCACCCCGCGGCGUGAUUCCUGCUCUUAGGUGCUGGGCAGAAGGGAGGGGUGUGCAGGGUAAGGGUGGAGAGGGAGGAGUGCUGAGGGCUCAAGAGGAGGAUGGGAAGAGCCCCAGGUGGUAGUGAAGCGAUUUCUUUUACAUAGAGUAGGAAUCUUAAAAAUUAGAAGCAAAGGGAAAAAUUAAUUUUUUAAAACAUGGAGUGGAAGGUGUAAGUAGAAACAGGGAGUUGCAGUAUUAUUUCUAAGGAAUCAUGUUUUCAUGUACUCUGGACUGGUGACAAUGUUUUUUUAAAGCCAGUGUCCUAAGACCUCACUUUUAUCAGACCUCAUGCCAGCCCAGGAAUGCAGGCCAUCACACUGCUGUCCUGUCUGUCCUGUAGCUUGGAACAGGGCAGGAGCCGACUGCUCACCCUGGUUCCCCACACUGUGAGACCAAGAAAUCAUCUCCGCAUUUGAAAAAGAUACGGGUGUGUUCCUGAGGCCGGUGGCUCAGCAAAUCAGGUUUACUGGGGUCAUGGGGCAGGAGGGGCAGGCUAGUCUCACUCCCUUCCUGACUCACCAGCCCACCUGCUCUGGCGGGUAAGCUCUCUGCCACCACCCAGCAUGUGCCACAAUCCUACACUCUUGCCUUCCUCCAUCCAUGAUGUGUGAAGGGACUCCUUUUAAUAAAUGAACAAGUGUCCUAAGCAACAUUAUCCAAAGAUCGUCCUUUCCAUCCUCAAAUCCUGUGACUGGGAUCACUCGACAGCACUGUGAUGUAUUAUUUUCAAUGAGGUGCCUUUCUUACCGGUCCAAAUGCUGCCUUGUUUGGCCCCUAAAUUAAUAAAGCGUGUUAAAAGUUUGUA